UGAUGCUGAAACCUUUAUUUUGGAUUCCUUGAUAAAGGUGCUCUAAAUGUAAAGCCUUCCCAAAACCAAAAACAAGAUUCACAGAAAAUGGAUACUCAGGAAUCGAGUUUAGGAGUGACAAGAGUGUUGAGAGAAGAGCGACCAUCGAGUAAGAUAGUGACGAUAGCUGGCUACUCUGUGAUUAAGGGGAGAGGCGAACCCUACGAGUCCUCUGUUUUUGAAGCUGCUGGUUACAAAUGGAGGUUAGUUUUGCACGUUGGUAAUGCUGGCUAUAUAUCACUUUACCUGAGGAUCGAAGAGGCUGAAUCUAUUCCCUAUGGUUUGGAAGUCAAUGUUGAUCUCAAACUCUUUGUUCACGUUCCAAAGCUAGACAAGUACUUGACCAUCACAGAUGGAGCAGUGAAGAGAUUUAACACAGAAAAAAAAGAGUGGGGGUUCGAACAAUUGAUUGAUCUUGCAAGUUUCGAAAACACAAACGAAGGGUACAUUGUGCAAGACACUUGUUCUUUUGGUGCCGAGAUCUUCAUCGUUAAACCGGCCAAGGUACAAGAGAAAGUCACGUUCAUAUCAAACCCUCCACGCAAUGUGUUUACUUGGGAGAUACCUCAUUUCUCUGACAUGGGAGAUAAGUUCUACUAUUCUGAUGAUUUUCUCGUCGGAGACCGAUACUGGAGAUUAGGGUUUAACCCGAAAAGUGGGAGUGCACUUCCAAUCUAUUUAUAUGCUCAAGGCUUUAGGCCAGACGCAGUCGCUACAAACACUUGGGGAGCGGUUAAUCUGCGGUUAAAGAAUCAACGAAGCACCAACCAUAGGGAGAGAUAUUCUGCAGCUUGGUACCCUAUUCGAAGUGAUUAUGGUGUGGGAGUGAACAGUAUCAUAUCGUUAGCAGAUUUACACGAUGCAUCAAAGGGGUAUUUGGUGAAUGAUGCUAUUAUCUUCGAAGCUGAAAUGGUUAAGGUCACUGUGACCAACAUCGUCUCCGUUUAAUGAUCUAUACUUCUUUUCUCAUGGAUUAAACACACUUUAUGAAUAAGACGUGUGUGAUAUAAGUUUGUAAUAAGAUGAAGUUAUCAAUGCAUGUGAUGUAAUCUUCAUUUCCGUUCAUCGUGUAUUGUUUUCUACUU